AGGAGAAUAUCAGGUAGAUGCCCUUGUUAUUGUCUGCAACUAGGAAUUGUUUAGGUUCUUAACAUUUUCCAGUUGCAUCCAUUGGAGAAAUGUGCCAGUGGUUUCAUCGAGCAGUUCAGCCAGUUUUCACACGUAAAAUCCUCAUGCAAUAGCUGCAACACUGCUUUCAAUCUCAAAUGCACCAUGUGGUUUCCUCAUUUUGUUCUUCAACACAUUACUUUCUUAGUCCUUGCUAUUUUUAUCACACUUGUUAUAGCUCAAAAAGAUCAUGUAGGUAACAUUAAUUCUCCUACCCUACCACCCUCAAAUGACACAGUCAACAUUGGAGCCCAAGAUAAAUCUUCAGAUAAAAAUAGUAGACUCAAUAAUAUUUCAAUAAUCUUGAAUGUGGUUCUUCUUGUUGCAAUUGUGUUGCUAUUGCUGCUUUACUACAACACAUCCAGAAAGCUCAAUCAAAUAGUGAAGAGACAGAUUCCUACAGUUACGGAAAAAGAAAAUGAUAUGGAAAUCAGUGUUGACAAGAAGAUAGAGAUAGGAGAGGGGACAAUGAUGAUGGCAGUGGAAGAGAGAAAGGAACUAAUAUUCUUUAAUGAUAGGCCUAAAUUUCAAAUGGGUGAACUUCUUAGAGCUUCUGCUGAGGCAUUGGGUCAUGGAAUAUUGGGAAAUAGUUAUAAGGCUAUGCUGAAUGAUGGACCUACCAUUGUUGUAAAGAGGCUUAGGGACUUAAAGCCACUUUCUAAGGAGGAAUUUGCCAAGAUAUUAAAUGUGAUUGCUGAUAUGAAGCAUCCCAAUUUGUUGCCCUUGCUUGCUUACUACCAUUCAAGAGAUGAGAAGUUGAUGCUCUACAGAUAUGCAGAGAAUGGAAAUCUUUUCUCCCGACUUCAUGAUGGUAGAGGUGGAAACCGGGUUCCAUUCAGUUGGAACUCAAGAUUGUCAGUUGCACGAGGAGUGGCUCGAGCAUUGGUGUACUUGCACCUCAACAGCAAGAUCCACAACAUUGCGCCACAUGGCAACUUGCGGUCUUCAAACGUACUGUUCGAUGAAAACGAUGCAGUUCUUGUUGCUGACUUUGGUCUUGCCUCCUUAAUAGCACAGCCAAUUGCAGCGCAGCACAUGGUUGUUUACAAAUCACCCGAAUAUGGGUAUGCAAGAAAGGUGACAAUGCAAUCCGAUGUUUGGAGCUAUGGGUCCCUUCUAAUAGAGCUUCUAACUGGCAAAGUAUCUGUGUACUCAGCUCCAUCAGGGACCAAUGGCGUGGACUUAUGUAGCUGGGUUCACAGAGCUGUCAGAGAAGAAUGGACUGCUGAGAUAUUUGACAAAGAAAUUUCUGGCCAAAAGAGAGCUCUUCCUGGGAUGCUGAGGUUGUUGCAGAUUGCAAUGCGUUGCAUUGAGAGGUUCCCAGAAAAACGUCCUGAGAUGAGAGAGGUGGUCAGAGAAGUGGAGAAAAUACAGGCCCCCUUGAUCUCUGAAGAUGAUGAUGAUGUGUCUGGGGAUAGGUCUCUAACUGAUGAUUCCCUUUCAACCAGUACUUCCAUUUCCGUUAUUGGAGAUGAAAGAUAGAUGAUGAUGAGAGCUUGGGCCUCUCAUCUAGAACACAUUGUUCCUUUUGUUAUAACAUGGAUUUAGUACAUUGAUCCUAAAUAAAUAAGUUGCACAUUCUUAUGCAUGUUUGUUUCUUUCACAAAAUAAACUCUCA